AGGAAAGGAGCAAAGGACCAUCCCGUUGUACAUCCUCGCUGACCCAAUUAGCUUGAGUUGCCAGCUUUCUAAGGUUUCGUUUCAGCUCUUUAUUGCAUCUAUAUUGACUUACUGCACCGAAAGCAUACAUUGCCGUUGAAAGACUUUUUCACAGUUGGAAGGGACCAAAGCAGCUAUUUGGCCCUUGUAGUGUCAGUUCUACUUUAUACAAAUGUGCUGAAGAAUGCAUAGAUGACGGACGUAAAUAGCGCUAGAGACGUCGACGCGUCCCCAGACUUCACCAAUUCUUGGCCGCAAGCCUUGUGCCUAGAGGUUAAUUUAGGACCUCAGGCACCUUUCUUUUGCUCUCAUAUCAUUCUACACGUAAACCACUUCAUCGUUGAAACGUUCCGGAAGACCUUGCAGCUUCGCAACGCGGCUCGAAGGGACUCCACGGCCUACUAGUUAGGAGAACCAUGUAUGCACCCAGCUCAGCGGGCGGGAGUGUUUUCUCCAAAAGAUUCAGGUUGGGUUCGAAGAAUGCUGACGCCGCCGCUGGAGGCCGUGGGGGUGAGGACCUUGACCCCCACCAGGCCAGUAUCGAACAUGCGAUCUUCGGAGUGCUUUUUACGCUCAGCAAGGAGAACAGCGAGACACGCAUUGUGAUCCGCUGGGUGCUCCUGAAGAUCCUGCUGGACGGCUGGCAGCUCUUCACCACCGUCAUAAAGCCCAGUCAGGGGUGGGACAUGCGGGAGGACGGGAAGGCGUGGAAGGUGGUCAGCGUGCUCAGCUUCAACUGGCUAGCAGACCUGGGUUACAGUGCCUACGUGGCGCUGCUGUACGGCAUGGUGGCACUGCUGGCACUCAACAUCGCCCUGUGCGUGUGGGUGGCCUGGUGCUUCAAGGAACAGAAGUUCCCCGUGGUGUGGCCCAUCAAGGUGCUCCGCCUCUUCUCCAGCGUCUUCUUCCAGGCCUUUGACGUGGCCUCGCUGAACCUGCUGCAAGUGGGUAUCUCCUGUCGGCUGACCGGCCCCACCAAGCCGCAUCUGCACCUGGACCUCUUCCCCGCCUACAGCUGCGCCACGAUGCCUCAGGUGGUGCAUGCGGUGGUGUCGGGGGCCAGUCUGCUGGUGUUCAUCCUCCUGGCGCUGCUCACCAACAUGGCGGAGGUGGAGGUCAACCCCAAGAGCCGCCGGCCCAUGGCUCUGGGCCACAGCGGCGCGGAGGUGUCCGCCUUUGCAAUCAAGGUGCUCAUGACCCUGACGGACGUGGUCUUCGGCUGGCGUCGUGUGGCUGCCUGCUGCUACCUGGCCCUCUCUGUGGCCAUAGCCUACCAGUACCUGAGAUGGCGGCCUCACCUGGUGGGCUGGGUGAACCACUUGAAGACCGGCGUCUCCAUCGCGAUCGUGUGGUGCUCCCUCAUGCUCGUCAUCCUGGUGUUCCAACCCAACGUGCCCGAGCACCGCCUGGCAGCCUGGCAGCGGGGCAUGACGGUGGGCAUGCUGGCAGGCAUUGCACCCGCGCUGGGGGGCGGGGCGCUGCUGUCGUGGCUCUUCCUGCGGAGGACGUUUGCGGCGGCGGACAGGAUCAUACAGCAGUCUGCUGCCACCAGCACCCCGCUGCAGGACCUGUGUAUCGACCUGUGCGCCGACCCGCGGGACGUGGAGACGGUAGCCAGGUGCUGCCGGGUGUGGGUGGACCAGCACCACCUGGACAAGGAGGCCAUUGCCAAGGCGCAGGCGUACAUCAAGGCGGGUCUGGAGCUAUUCCCCGGCAAUGCCUUCGUGGCGCUGGUGCAGGCCAACUUCAUGAUAGAUGUACUGGGGGUGGCGCAGAGCGGCAGCAGGCAUGUGGAGGCCGCCGUGAAGCUGAGUCCCGGCAUCGUGACCCGCUUCAUGAUCUUCGUGCGCAUGCAGCAGGCGCAGCAGAAGGCGGUGGGCAGUCACGUGAACGGGGCGGCGGGAUCCAGCAUGGACCUGCUGGGCUACGUGGAGUACCAGCGGCGGCAGCGCAUGGUGGUGCGGCUGCACAGGGAGGCGCUGCAGGCCAUGUGCACCUUCUGGAAGGCGCUGGAGACGCACACCGUGUCCUUCACCAGCCUCAGCAAGGCGCUGGCAAACAUUGAGGCAUCCGUGUCGCAGGCACAAGCGGCGUAUCAUUUGGUGUUGGAGACGUACGGCAACAGCCCUCGUCUCGUACAUUUGUACGGCAGAUUCCUGGAAACGGUGAAGAAUGACCCGUGGGGCGCUGGAGAGUAUUACGCGGAGGCGGAGCGGCUGGAGCAGGCGAAGAAUGAGGACAGCAACGGACCGCUGUUGCCGGAUGGCACCCCUCUGAGCCGCAUGGACGAGCUCACCACGGCGGUGCUGGUGGUGUCCGCCACGGGCGAGAUCCAGAUGGCCAACAAGCAGGCGCACCACAUGUUCGGGUACAAGAAAGGCGACCUGGACGGCAAGUCCAUGGCCGCCCUGCUGGCCCCCCAGAGCAGCCGCCGCCUCACCUCCUGCCUGGCAGCCAUGGUGGAGCGAAGCAUGGAGGGGCAGCUGGGACGCCGCGCCUCCGCCACCGCCGGUGCCCCCGGCGGCACCACCGCCUCGGAUGCCGCCGCAGCGCUCAACGACGCCUCCACUGCUGCGGUGCUGGGCAUGCACCGGGAGCGGAUGGCCUUCCCCAUGCGGGUCUCGCUCACCAAGGCUUCGGGCGCCGGCGAGGACAGUACCUUCAUCGCGCUGCUGGAGCCCGUCAGCACCUCCAAUGACACCUCCUUCUUCUGGGUGGCGCCAAACGGCAUCGUGGCAGCGUGCGACCCGCAGUUCAUCGCAAACUUUGGCUACCAGGCGACCGACGUGUCGGGAGCGCACCUGGAGAGCUUCCUCUCCUGCGGCUCCGCCUCCACCUCCACCCUGCCUGGCGGGGGUGCUGCAGGAGGGGGGGCGGCGGGCAAGGGCGGCAGCGCGGUGCUUCACAGCAUGCUGAGCGGCGUGUCGGUGGACGCCUGGGACAGCGAGCCUGUGGGGGGCGACUUGCUGGGGGGAGGCGGCGCGGGGCGGGGCGCGGGCAAUGCGCAUGUGCUGGACAGGCUGCUGGCGCUCACAGCGGUGGACAGUGUCAGCAAGGGCGGCCCGCAGGGGGCCAUGUGCCUGGUGUCGCACCGCUACAGCACUCCGGUGCCCUGCAUGGCAUCCAUACGACACCUAGACCUGGGCGACGCACCCCUGUUCGAAAUCAAGAUCCGUCGCGCCUCCCCCGACCCCUUCCUCAUGCUCGUCACCGACCGCAAGGGCGCCAUCAAAUUCUCCACACCCCAGCUCGCCGCUGUGCUCACCGCACGAGACCACACGGUUGCCGGCGGGUUGUUCGCGGAGGGCGGCAUGUGCCUCACCUCGCAUGGCGACCACCACAAGGCGGGCAGCCACCACUUGGGCGCCAACCACCACGCUGCCGCGGCGGGGGGGCACCACGCCAUGGGCAGCGCGCAGGGGCUGAUCACGGGUUACACGCUGCAAGACUUCCUGCCGUCGCCAUGGAAGGAGAUGCAUGGCAAGUUGCUCAAGGACCUGAGCACCACCACCACUGCGGGCCGCGCGCAGUGGAGCUGCCGGCAGCAGGCGGGCAGCGGCCCCUCGCUGCAGCUGCACAACACGCACGGGCAGUCGCUGUACAUGCAUGUCAACGUCUCCUCCUCGGACUCGCUGGGGGAGCUGCAGCAUAUUGUGCGGUUCGUGAGGUCCUCCCUGGAGGGCGCGCUGUCAGAGCGGCGGCUGCGGCUGAGUGUGAACUCGGAGGGACGCAUCACGGCGGUCAGUCAGGAGGUCCGACACAUGUUCGGGUUCGACUCCAAACAGAUGGUGGGUCGGCUGCUGUGGGAGGUGGUGGACGGACUCGACCACCAGAUGCUGCUGCGACUGCCCUCCACUGCCAGGCAACACAGCGCGCACAGGGACAACGCGACGUUCUUCGCAUCGCUGCUGGAAAGGGUCCUCCACCUGCCCGCGGGCCGCUCCUGGCGGGUUGCCGUGGCUCCCCCCCUGCAUGCGACCUCCCGCACCGGCGGCGUCAUAGACCACGCCAACGCGGAACUAGCAGCAGCUCAGAGGGCCUCACGCACCCGCGCGGCCGUCAUGCAGAUCCACAUGCCCACUCUGGCGGCUGAAGACAGCGACUCGGAGGACGCAGCUGCGGCCGGGGGCGUGGGUGCUACCGCUGUGAUUGGAGGUGCCGGAGUUGACAGCGUUCCCGGGAUGGGUCCCGCAGGGGUUUCAGCGGCAGCAGCAGCAGCGGAAACGGUAACUCUUGCUGCCCCGCCGCCGGCCAUGUUUGUUGACCUGUGGCCCACGAACAGCGUUUCCGGGGUGCUUGAGUUGGACCCAUUUGGCCGCAUUACAUCGGUGCUGGAGGAGCACUUGCGACCCGCGGGUCUGUUAUUUGGCGUGGCGACGGCGUCGCUGCUUGGGGAGCAGUUGACGCACAUGUUGACGUUGCCGGCCGGGAGGGUGGAUAUCAGCGACCUGCUGUCGGCGAGCGGGCGGAACAAGAAGAGCAGCAUGAAGCAGAACCAGAAGGAACCCACCAUCAAGGUCGGUCCGCUGCACGUGCUGCAAGGCAUGCACUCCGACGGCCAGCCGCUAGAGGUGGAGGUCCAAGUGGUGGGCAAGCCGGGCGGCGGGCAGCCCCUCACCGCACUCCUGCGCCUGCACGCCAAACCCCUCACCCCCGCACCCAUCGCCACACCCCCCGACAUGGCCCUGGUACUGCCACCCCCCGGCGCCGUACGCUCCCUAGCCCCCUCCAUGAUGCCCUCCAUGGUCGCCUCGGAAGCCGCCGCCACCGCCACCUUCACCGCAACCGCAACGGAGCGAGAUCGGGAUCGAGAGCGGCCGCGAACCAGCAGCACCGAUCGCGCCAUGGCGAUGGUAGAAGAAGAGCUGUCACGCAAAAGCGCGGUCAUGAGUCCCGCGCCGGGAACGCCGCUGGCUACGGCGCAACGACAGGCGCUAGCGGCCCAUGGCCCGGGAUCGCAGGGCAGCACCCUGACUAAUGCUGUUGCUGCUGCUGCUGCGGCGGCGGCUGUGGCGGCUGCGGCUGGUGUUGGUCCGGGGAGGUCUGGAUCGGGUGUGGAGCCGCCGAUGCCGCCUGGGGUGGUGUCGGGAUCACCGCGGGGGAGUGCGACGGUGGUGCCCUCGACGUCCCUAGCUAAGCGGGAAGGGUCUGUGACCAGCCCACCACCGCCGCAGCCCCCCGCCGCGCCCACCGCCAUGACCGCCUCCUCUCCCUCGCACUGGAAGGCCACUGCGGUGAUUCGGGUGGGCGACAGUGAUGAUGAUGCCAGCGACAAGGACAGCGGGGAGGCGGAGGAGAGAGGGGGAGGGGGAGAAGGGGGCGGCAUGCAGCAGAUGCCCAGCAGUGCCCCCAAGAGCAUGCAGCGCGUAUCCGACUGGGUGGAGUCCAAGGGCGCCCUCUUCCAGAACUCCGUCUCCGUCAACCCGGGCGGCGGCGGCGGCGGCGGUCUGGGGGGAGCGCUGCGGUCCGAGGGGGCGCUGGGCAGCAAGAGCGACAACGAGGACGAGGAGGACCGGGGUAGUGAGGACGACCUGGUGGUGGUGCCCCGCGGACCCAGCAAGGCGGUCCUGUCAUCCAACAUGGCGUCGGGAAUCAAGAGCGGAGGCAUGGGUGGCGGAAUGGGAGGAGGAGGGUAUCCCGGCUUGGCGGCGAAUAACAACUGGACGACCCGCGAGCGCGCGUCCUUGCGGCCCGAGCCUACCGCCGGCAAUACCGGUGGGGGGUACAUGCCGGCGCAGGAGGAGCCGCGGGCGCAGCAGCAGCAGCUGUUGGAGGCGAAUCUGCCGCGCGGAGGCGGGGGUGGUGGGGGAGGGGGGGGAGGCGAGGCGGGGGGUGGUGCUGACUUUGACGAUGCGGCGAGUAAUGGAGGGCAGAGUGCGAUAUCCGGGCAGUCGGGUGCGAGCAGCAGCUGGGGGAAUGAGUACAAGCGGGGAAAGCGCUUCCGCAACCUGGUCAAACUCAUGGAUUCGAGCCAGGCAGCACAGGUCCUGCAGCGCUUCAAGCGGGGUGCGCUGCUGACCAUGAUUGUGCUGGCGGUGGCGCACACCAUUUGCUUCGGACUCAUCGUGUCCAGUAUCAAGGAGCAGCAGCAGUCCAUGGCCAGUUUGGUGGAGGCGGGGCGCUGCCAGCGCAUGCUACACCAGGUGCUGGUGGCCACUCGAGCGCUGGACCUGAUCUACAAGGGCCGGGCACCAUCCAACCUGUACAGCAUGAAUGACACUGAGACCUUUGCGGAAAACAUCAUGACCUUUGCUGCGGGCGUCAAGGAGUGCAACAACCAAGUUGCGGCCAGCAACCUGAAGCAGCAAAUCAUCCAGGACAUCUACUACUACACGCAGAUGACGGUGUGGACGGCCAACAGCAACGGCACGGACGUGUACACCAACACAACGCUCUGGGACAUGGCCACCAAGGUGUACAUGGCCAGCAAGGACGUCUACCAGAACUACGAGGGCUGGGCGGAGGCGGGGGUCAACAUCAGCUCCACCUCCUCGGGGCAGUUCCUGCUCAAGAGCGGGCCGGACCUCUUCAACGGCUUCAGAAACGUCCUAGACGCGCUGCUCCAGAUCGCGGUCCACAACACCCACACCGUCAACAAUCUGCAGCUAGCCUGCCUGGCCGCGGAGGGGUGCGGCGUGUCGGUGAUGGCUGCGGCGCUGCUGGCCUUCCUGCUGAGGAAGAUGGCGGUGCAGCGGUUCACGCUGUACGGCACCUUUUUGUCCAUCCCGGUGGGGCUUACCCGGGCGCUGGCGCAGCAGCUGACCAACACACCGCUGCUGGAGGAGGAGGAGGACGAUGACGACGAGGAUGGCAUGGAUGAGGGGGCGGAGGGAGACCGGGGACAUGGUCACGGCAUGCACGGCGGCGGUGACACCGGCGGGGGUGGCGACGCCAGCCUCAAGCAGCGCCGCCACGCCACCCUGGAGCCCAGCUCCUCAGAACCCCGCGGCGGCGGCGGAGGGGGCAUGCUGCUGUCACAGUCCCAGCUGCCCUUCGUGGGCUCACCCGGGCCGCACGGCGGGGGGCGGCCUCCGCACCCCCACAUGUCACACAAUGAGAGCACCAACAUGUCGCAAAGCAACUUCACGCUGGGAAGCGGGUUGGGAGGAGUGGGAGGGGGGCUGAGGUCGCCGCCGGUGGCUGCGGGAGGGCUGCGGCCGCUGCGGUGGUGGUCGGGGGUGUGGAGCAGGAUGAUGAGCUGCAUGCCGUGCGUGCGGAGGAGGACUCACGUGUUGCCCUGGGGCGGCGCCGAGAUGCUGUCCCCCUCCGUGGGCCGCUCCACCUCCAUGGGGGGAGGCGGCGGGCACUCAUCCAGCCACCCCUCCCACCACAAGCGCGUACUCAAGGCCGACAGCAACGACAACCUGAAGCUGCUGCUGCCGUUCGUGAUGUGGUCCUGCCUGGUGGUCAUCUUCUACGCGGUGGCGGUGGUGGAGCUGCAGGGCGUGAGCCCGCUGGUGGCGGUGGCGAGUGUGAGCAACUUCAACACGGCUCGGACCUACCGAGCAUGCUUCUUCGCACAGGAGCUGGCUGCCGAGGAGGACGUCAGCAAGCUGGCCGCCCGCCGCGCCACGCUGCUCAAGGUGGGCACCAUGCUGAAGGACGCCUUCUACACGCUGCAGCUGGGCAAGGAGGCGUGGAGGGCGCUGGGCAACGCCACGGAGCAGUUCCCGCUGGUCACCAAGGGCCUCUCCUACGAGACCACCGCCAUGCAGCGCCUCUUCUACUCCAACACCGGCUGCCUGCGCCAGGUGCCGAACCUGCCCUGCCCCGGCCCCUCCUACCGCUUCUACGAGGUGACGCAUGCGGGCCUGGACAGCAUCAUGCAGAACUACCUGAGUCAUGUGAUGGGGAUGGCGCACGAGGUGUACGACACCCGCCUGGGGCUGGCUAACCCGAGGUUGGACUUCAUAUACAACGUGGGAACCAAGGACCUGACUGACGCCAACGUGCAAGUGGGUCAGCUGCACUUCGAGCACAUCCGGGCGCUGUUCAGCCAGAUCCUGCUGCUGCACAUCAUCCUGUUCGUGCUGCUGUGGUUCUUCCUUGUGGGCUUCCUGGGGCUGCUGCUCAACCCGCUGAUCACACGGUUCAUGCGGGAGAAACGUCGCAUCGCCGAGCUCAUGAGUCAGCUGCCCCUCGAACUAGACGUGGAGAAGCUCGUUAAGGCAGCUCUCGGAGCCUCCAACGGGGAAGCUGGCGGCGCUGCAGGCGCUGCCGGCGGUGCCGCAGGCGCCUCCGCUCCCAAUGGCAGCGUGUCCCCGGGUCCCGACGGCUCCAUGCACCCCGGCCUGCCUCCGGGCGCUGAACACCAGAGCCAUGCGGACGCGGCGCGGGCGUGGAAGAUGGUGCUACGGUCCGCCUCCGCAACCGUGGCGCAGUCCAAGGAGCGGCGGACGUCGGCGUUGGGGCUGGCGGCGGCUCCGUCGAUGAUGCAGGGCGAGCGGCGCGCUUCCAUGAUGGGUCUGCCCGCCACGGGAUCGGUGGUGGCGCGGUAGGGGGGAGGUAUGGGGCAGGGCGGCGUGGAGGUGUGAGGGUGAGGGUGGAGGUUAGGAUGAGGAGGCUGCUGAGAUGAGGCAGCAGGGGUGCGAUGGUGUUAUGGCAGGUUAUGGAGGUGCAUAGCAAAUUCCUCACAAGGGAAAUCAGUGUGGGUAAUAUUAAACGUACGUGUUCAAAUGAUCGCCGCAGCAGGGGUGUGAUUGGCCGUGUGGGCAUGAACCCCUCCUGCGCGCGCUGUGAGACUUCUGCCUUCGAAGCCCCCAUGUGAUAUGCCGUUUUAGUAGCGUAAGGGGAUGGUGGUGAUAUGGUAAAACGGUUCUAUAGGCAUUGCGGUAGUGCUGGUGGAUAUGGAUUUCGGUUGUAGUGGCGCGUGAUUGGACACUGGUGUGUGCGGUUUGGUGUGAUGCAUCUGUCUGGGUCAUGCAGCUCUCCUCUGGGAGGACCAGCACAGGGAGGAGUAUUGCGACAGGGGGGCAGGCACGCACACGCGCCCCUCCUCCUGCAUGCGUUAUUGUGUAUGUAUGUGUGUGUACUAGUACUGCACAUGCUGGGGCCCCGCCCUCUUGUGCUGUGCGGGCCCUGCAUAGCUGUGCACGAGUUCCCUAGCCGUUUCCACUUGCUGGCUAUUGGCAGAGCGUCAUCUGCUGAAGCGUGUUGGGUGCGGUCUACCCGUCACCGAAAGCCUUCAUCGUAUGUUUUCAGGUGUUGGGUGCACUGGGUAUUCUUCUGAUGGCGCCAUCAUGCGGGGUCUUUACGCCGCCGCGUUUGUGCUGCUGCGUUUACUUUGGACGUUGUCGAAGUCACUUCUUGACUAGGUAUAACUCGGUAUUGCCAACUGCUGCUGCUCCAGGGAACAACGCAGCACACACUCUGUUCGGCGCCCAGCUUGCUGCAUGUGUGUGCUUGCCAGCUGGUGUGCUGUCGAUGUGGAUUAUCCCUCGCAUUGUGGCUGUUGUGGGUUACAAUUCUGCGUUGGUGGGUGGCUGCGGUGCAUUCGGACGAGUCGGUAUUGCUGUGUGUGUGUUAAGAAAACUGACCGCUGGGAGCAAGAACGUAUACUGGACGGUUUGUGUGUUUCACACGACACGACACGACAAGUGCGUCAAGCCAGGUGGCUGGGGGGCGAGCCUUGAAAUCUGGCGGGAAACUGGAAUCAACGACUUGUGUGGUGUUUUGCACGGAUGGGGGCCGCAGUUAGACCCCUCCCCCCGGGGCAGUGCGGGCUGGCAUCUUUGUGUUUGCUGCCAUCACACGCGCCUGGGUGGAGGAACAUGCGUGUAUGUGUUUGCAUGCAUGUGCGAUGUCGGCUGCUGAGAAACGGGAAAAGCGAGAACGGCUUUUUUUGUACUUGAACAAAUCUAUAUUCAUUGGAACGGCACACAGGCUUUUUGUGCAGUCGGUGUGUAGUCGGUGAGAUGGUGACGCGCACGCCGGUAGUGCGGGACCUGUAGUGGCUGUGACUACCGUGCGUGUAGUGUCAUGGGUCCAUGACACUUGUCCGCACCCCGGAUUUGCGAACACCGGAUUCGUGGGUGCGCUGCUGGGCAGAUACCAUUUACCGGCUAGUCACUGUACUGCGGCUGUUCUCUCCUUUCUCAUGUGUGUUUGUAUUGGGGAAAGCUGCAAACAUUACGAUAUAAAACAAAACACUUGCUUUCACGGAUAAUAUAGCAUCGCCGGGAGGCGUGAGGGCGGAUUAUGAUGAGGUCCCCUUUCCUCACAUGCAGCUUUGUAGCUGUGUGCUACGCUUAUGCGCUGUUGCACUCGAGAUUGUCUCGGCUUUCCUGACCACGCAUAUAGCGCCCGAAAACGUCACAAAACGUCGAUGGCUGUUGUUACGUUGUCACCCUUCAUUCCUUACUGGCUGUGGUGUUGUGAGUGGUGUCAAACGGAAAGGUGCUGUGGGUAUUGUUUGUUACUGUUGUUGCAUUAAAGGCGUGUACGGUAGCCGUAGCAGUAAAAAACGUUCAUCAGGCAUGGUUUCUUUCUAAGCCCAUGCCACUGUUGGCGGCGUACAAAGCAGCUUGCCAUACAGGUUUUGCGUCAUUGCGCGUGAUAGAGGGCGCAUGCAAACAGGGUGAUGGUGGUGGUGGUGGUGUAAUCAGUCCUUAGCGCUAUGGGCAUGCGCGAUGCCGGACAGGGGCACCGGGCCGCGUGUGUGCGUGUAAAGGUUAGCUAGCACUGGAUUCGUAACAAGAUGUGUAAACAGAGUGUCGG